GGCACUUUUUUCAUGUGUGUCAGUGUCAGAUCUCUAUUUUCUGGUUAGAGUGGAGGCUUUACACUGGACUGCAGGUGAACUUGGAUCCCUUCCCUGUUCGUCUCCUCUCCAAAGGGAACCCUCAAACUAAACUCUUCCCUGUUAACCCACUUAGACGCUCCGAUCUCCCCUGUGGGGGCUUCUCUGAAGCGUCCGUCCUACUCUAGUUUUUUUUAUUUAUUAAUUAUUUAUUUUUUGGGGGAGAGGAAAGCGAAAAAAAAAAGAGAGAGAGAGAAAAAGCCGAACCAAGCAAAAAGGGGGGUUACUGGGAAGGAAGACACCCCCCUCCCAAAGGUGAGAGGGGGGGAAGAUGGCAGCUCUCGCCAGCUCUCUCAUCAGACAGAAACGGGCGGUCAAGGACGACCAAGCCAACCGACCGGUAGCCAACAAGCGCAAGCCCUGUCCAAAGAGCAACAAGUCCCUGUGCCAGAAACAGAUCCUGGUCUUGAUCUCCAAAGUGCGACUAUGCGGGGGUCGAAAAGGUCGAAACGAGAAGAGACCGGAGCCGCAGCUGAAGGGCAUUGUUACCCGGCUAUACAGCCAACAUGGAUACUACCUGCAGAUGCAGCCUGACGGCACCAUGGACAGCACAAGGGAUGAAAGCAGCUCAUUUUCACAGUUCAACUUAAUUCCAGUGGGACUGCGGAUUGUGGCAAUCCAGGGGGCAAAGACAGGCCUGUACCUUGCCAUGAAUAGCGAAGGAUACCUCUAUACCUCGGAGCACUUCACUCCGGAGUGUAAGUUCAAGGAGAGUGUGUUUGAGAACUACUACGUUACGUACUCCUCCAUGCUCUAUCGCCAGACCCAGUCUGGCCGCUCCUGGUAUAUCGGUAUCAACCGUGACGGCCAGAUCAUGAAGGGCAACCGGGUGAAGAAGACCAAAGGAGCUGCACACUUCCUGCCCAAAGUUAUAGAGGUUGCGAUGUAUAAGGAGCCGUCGCUACACGAGCUCGCCAGCGAACCGGUGAGUCCUCCCCGGAAGACGGUGAAGACGUCGGACUCGCCGUCCCUGAAGAACGGACGGAAAGAAACUCCCAAGGCCGAUGCGUCAUAGCACAGGAGACUGAGGGUGGGACAGAAAAGGGCAGCAGUGACACUGGGAACACAGCCGCCCACUAUGCACUGAGGGUGGCUGAGGGGAACGGGCCCCUCACUGGCCCGCCACAUUCCCAAAGUGCACUAUAAGAUGCUGAGGGAUAAAAAGGGUCGGCAGUCCAUCAGCAGCCAAGACGCCCUGAGAGAGAAGUCCCCCCCUCACCUGUCCCCACAGAAAGAGAAACCCAGGGCCUGAGCCAGAACUGCUACCGACUCCCUGCCCCCACUGUUUGUCUCUGACUCCCUUCAUUUCUCUGUUAUGCUCAAGCUUUUCUGUCCAACAGACAAUUCUGUCUUUUCCGUCCUUUUUCUCACAUGCCUACCCACCGUCUGGCUCUAUUGUACUGUAUAUUCACCACUCACGCAUUUCCAGCACUGACUCGGCAUCAUAAUCCUCAACCCCGUGGUCCCCCCUCUCUCUUGAGCCCUAAAGUUGGUGACAGUGUGGCUCAGCCAGCUUUCCACCCACCAUCUGCCGAGCAGCUCAGCUAAUCACCGAGGUCAACUAAAGCUCAAAGCGAGAUGAAACAGCUCAGAGAGGAAACGAUAUCAGCAGGAAUCCUGGGUCAGGGCAGGUCAGCUGAGCGAUGGAAGGUGUGUGUG